UAGUUGAUUGCUCUCAUUUGCAGGUGACGCAUCCGUGCGCACGUGAGCAAAAGCGUCAACAAUCUGGCGAUGUCUUGCAAAGAGAAAGGAUUGAUAACUUUGUUUUUAUUUAUAGUAACCAUUUAUUUUUACACGUUUCAGUUCUGCAAUGCGGUGAGUUUAGGACGGUGGCCGGAUGGUUCUAACACUCACCAAGAUCACGAGAGGAUUAAACUAGAUAACGACGUCCAGCAGGGGACUGGGAACUCUGGUGAACAGGUUAUCCACCUACACAAACCUAACCAGCGAGGUCGUCUGCAGCUUCGGCCUGAAUCUGCUGCCUUUCUUGAGGAGCCACUUCCAGAUUUCACUUUACCGAAACUUGAUGAAACUGACAGCAGCUUGUCUUGGACUUCUGGUAACGUCAGCACACUACAAAGGUCCUGGCCUUCACACUCUGAGGAUGAAUAUCAAGAGGACUUCACAGGUUUUCAUGGAGUCCAGGGGAAGGUCUUGGGGCCAUCUUCUGACUCUAGUCCACACUUUUCUGAGUGGCUGGCUAUGAGGCCUCUGGUGCAGUGUGACGAUAAUGUCAUGACCUUCACAGCCUCUGGAGAAGGACUCACACAACUGUUAGUGGACAGAGAAGGAGCCUCUCCCAUCUCUCUGUCUCAGUUACCUCCAUACUGCGGUUACUCAGUGAGGACAUCAUGGAGUGACCUUGAGAUGAUGGUGCCAUAUGAUGCAUGUUACAUUACACAGGAGAAUGGCAGUUAUGUGCUGCCCAUGCUGUGGUGGGGCAGCCCACUGAAGCUCUCCUGCCCAGUACAGAUGUCCACUCUCGCCCCGCCUCUCUCCCACUCAGUCCCUUCAGUCCUCUGCUCCCCUUACGGCAUGGCAGUGCAGAUAUAUGGGCAGGAGGAGGAUAUACAUAUGCUGGGAGUCGUAGUGAACGGAGGUUGGGCUCCCUUUGCGUCUGCAGAGUGUGCGUACCGUGUCAACUCCCAACCUGAGGAUCUGAUCUUCUUCAUCCUCUUCAGCGCUCCUUGUGUCACUCAUGGAGAUCUCCAGCUUAUAUUAGAUGAGCAGGAGUAUAUCCUCUCCUGUCCAGUCAACCCUCAGGUCCCCUAUGUCCCCUCUCUUCCGUCCUCUCCACCUCUGUCUCCUGGUGACCCUCAGUUUCCCUACGUCCCAGAUCUUGCACCUACUUCCCCUUCUCCUCCCCCUCCUCCUCCUCCUCCUCCUCCUCCCCCUCCUCAACCUCCAACCCAGGAGCAGCAACUUCCUGACUACCUCCGCUACCCCUACCCUGGGCUCCAGUACCCCCAGCUUCCCCAGGUCUACCCUCCUGGCUCACAACCUGUCCGUCCCCCUCGGCCCACUCCAGGCAGUCCUCCUGGGCCCCAGCCUCAGCAAUCCCUCUACCCCUCUGGGUCUGGCAAGUUGCCCUACUCUUCUGGAGAGCACCUAAAAUAUCCUUCCCCUCAAGCUACAUCUGCUUCCAAAUUACCUGCUGGUCCUUCUCAAUAUCCGUCUGGUGUGUAUUACCCUUUCUACUAUCUUGCAGUGACACCAGCUCCUACCCCUGUUACUAAAAAGCCUACUACUACCACCUCUCCUCCAGCUACCCAGCCACUCGAACCUCCAACCAGUCUUUAUUACCCACAGUAUUAUCUUCAGAUGCCUUACUAUCCUGCACCCACUGCAGCACCAGUGACCCCAGCACCCACUCCUUCCCCUACCAUCCCUCCUUCUCCACCAAAACAACCUGUUGGUGCAUUUUAUCCCCUCGGUUCAUAUAUCUCGUACUAUCCAUAUGAUCAAAUUUUCCACCCAAAACCUUCCACUUCACUUCCUUCUACCGCUCCACCUACCCCUCCUCCACCUCCUACCACCACCAGGACGAUGGUUCCCAAACAACCCAGUUAUCCCUCCGGCCAGUUUUACCCACAAGGGCUGAUUUAUUUCUUGCCACCCACACCUCCGCCUGCCACGGGGACGCUGCAGCCCUCUCCUCAUGAGCCUCAGCAACCAGUAGCUCAGCAAGCCACCUGCCCCCCUUACACUCACACCAUUUGUAGCUACUACCCUUAUCCAUAUUAUCCUUAUUACCAUCAUCUCUACCCACCACACUACCCCCCUGUGCCCCAGUAUCCAAAGAUUGAACCACCAGUGACCACGGAAAAGCCAGUCACCACCACCACCACCACCACCACCACCAGUUCUACAGCGUCUAUCCCAACUCAGCCCACUCCACAGUCCCCUCAUCUCCAGUGUCUGAUGGGGAGGAUGGUCGUCUUCCUGCCUUUUGCUCACCCAGAAUCCAUCCAGGUCAGAGAUCAAAAGAAGAUAUGGCUGUUUCUCCCCAGUGUGUCUCCCCUGUGUGGGUACAUGAUACAGAUGGCUGAGGGCUCCGGGGUAAUCCUUUACUCUCCUCUGCCUGCCUGCCACAGCCAGUCACGGACUCCCACAACCAUUUCCUUACCUCUGAGGUUUUGGGACCUUUCCAUGGGGGAGUAUAGGACUCUGGACCUGCAGUGCCCGUACCAAAGUACCCCUGAAAUUCUUCCACCAGUUACUCCAUCUGUCUCGCCCACCCCGCCCAGCACCACCAAGGGUCAGAUCAGCACCUCUGUUGUCCCGAAGGCCAAAGUCUUGUGCUCCUCCCAUCAGAUGACUGUGGAGCUCCCACCAGGUCCCAUCUCUGGAAUAGCUGUUAAAGACAUCAAAGGGAACCAGAUGAACGUUCAGGACGCCCCAAAGCACUGUGGGUAUUCUGCCAGCAAAGGAAAAGAUGGCAAAAUCCGUUUGAGUCUCCAGUUACACUCACGCUGCCACAUGAGUGUGCAGGGUAAAAUGUACAUCAUCGCUGUUGUCUACAUGACAGUAAACGGGAGAAAGGAGGCUCACUUCUCCUGUCCAGUUUCCAUCUCAGGGUCUGGACAAGAGUGCAACCUUCCCAGCGAACAGCGUCUCCCCUGCGGACUCGGCUCUGUAUCCCAGCCACAAUGCCUCUCCAUGGGCUGCUGCUUCAGCAAGCACCCCCCUGCCUGCUACUACCCCAUGGAUGAGUGCACUCUUGACCGCCACUUUGUCUUCUCGGUGCCUGCCUCCCUCACCGAGCCCCCUCUUUCCCCUGCCCUGCUUGUUGCUGCCAGCAACUCCACAUGCAAACCUCAGAAAGUGACUUCUGACUAUGCCCUGUUUAAGAUCCCGAUGGAUGGCUGCGGGGCACGCAGAAUGGAAGUGGGGAAAACGAUGAUCUACAUGGUGGAGGUCAUCAACAUGAUUCAGUCUAUCAGCCUCAACUAUGGCACCAUAACAAGAGAUUCUCCUGUCAGGUUGAUAGUGGAGUGCAGAUACGUGCCGGGCACUGUCCUGACUGUGAGCUACCUGGUUAAAACUCCGACGCUGGGACCUGGAGUCCAGACCCAGGGGAUGUUUGGAGUCCAGCUCAGGAUUGCCAAAGAUGCCCAGUACAGCAGCUACCACCCCCAGUAUCACCAGCCCCUGCAGAUGCUGCUGGGGAAACCCCUCUACCUGGAAGUGCGGCUGCUCAACGCCCCAGAUCCCAGUUUAGUGCUGCUGGUGCACUACUGUGUGGCCUACCCCCGCUCUGGAAAAGCUGUGUGGGUGCUGCUUUACAACGGAUGUCCCAACCCUUUGGACCCAGCCUCCCAGCAGGCCGUGCUGUCUGAUCCUCGUCCUCCCUCUCCUCGGGCUCAGACCCGUCGCUUCACCAUCAGCACCUUCCAGUUCCUUCCCGAUGGUGAGUUCAAGGACCCAGAUGAAGAGAUCUACUUCAUGUGUUCAACUGAAAUCUGCUCCCCACGUGACGGCCCGUGUGUCGAGGGAUGCUUCGGGCAAUGACGUUACGACAUAGAAGACGCUUGAAGUUGGUUGAGAUGAUGAUGAUCUGGCCUCAGACAUCACAUAUUUAACCACCAAUAAAAGCUCUCAAAGGACA